UCUUCCGCGAUUGCAAUCAACUCGGUACUAAAGAAAACACUUUAUUCAGGGAUUUUCUAUCGAAGUGAUUUGAUGUUACAUUUUGGACUUUAAUGUAUUAGAUAGCAAACAUGGUGCCACAAAAUAGCCCAGGUGCUUCAAGCAGUGGAUACAGCAGUGACGAUGGAAUUAACAAUAAUGUCGCAAUGUUUGGGUCACAAACGAUCAAUCCGAACACAAACACUCCAUACUCGGAUGCUACAAUGUGCAAGAAAGUGACGACUCACGUCAAGAGACCAAUGAACGCUUUCAUGGUGUGGUCUCAGAUUGAGCGAAGGAAGAUUUCAGAAGUUGCGCCAGAUAUGCACAAUGCUGAAAUCAGCAAACAACUCGGUGCUCGGUGGAAAUUACUCGAUGAAAAUGACAGACAGCCUUUUAUCGAGGAAGCAGAACGAUUAAGGAUCUUACACAUGCAAGAAUAUCCGGAUUAUAAAUACAGACCAAGGAAAAAGGCAAAGCAGGCGCCAACUAAACCUGAACAGCAGGUGACCAAGGGAAAGGUGACGAAACCCUCAAAAGCGAGAACGGACCGGAACCGGUACCAGAAGGGGCCAUCCGCCGUCAAGGCGGCACUCGCCUCCCCCACUCAGUAUACUCCUAUGCAUUCAACAAAUACUCAACAGAGCCGACUCAAACUCAAAUUGACAAUCGAUGAAAAAUUUAAAGAGUGUAUUCGUGCCAGUAAAAAUGUCCAAGUCCCCUCGUGUCAGCUGACACCCCCGGGCAAGGUUCCUGCCAGCCCAGAGUACACGCCCCUGACCCCGGACUCGACCAGCUUCUACCCCGAGGAUCAUUACGAGACCCCCGCCCCAUCCCCCGUCGAGGAGGCCAUGGUGGUGGUGAAAACAGAGUUCCACAUCAAUAACAACAACAUCGUACAGCAGCCAGAGGGGUCCACCCUAGCUGAUUUAGACAAUCUCACUGACAUUCUCCAGAUGCCUGGCAACUGGCAGAUGGACAUCGAAAACAUGGAUUUAAGCAAACUCGCCGAUACGGACUUCCCUAAUUUUGACACAAAUAUUCAAGUGCAAAAUCAUCCACAGUUCCAGCCCACAAACAUUGUGAGCAGUUCCAUCGCCAAUGUGCCCAAUAGUGCUAUUUAUGUGAAUACUUACUCUAACCCCACUUCCUCACAUUUCGAAUUCCCGGACUAUUCAACUCCAGAAGUGUCGGAAAUGAUUGGACUUGAGAACGAAUGGUUGGACAUCUCUGUCUUAGGUUCAGUCACAACUGCUCAUUAAACAAACAUUCGCUCACUUAUAGUUUCCAUAUAUUUUAUAUGUGCGCAAAUGUUCAUACAAAGUUAUUAUUUCAAAUAUUCGGGAAUAUGUGCAAGAUACUGUAAUGAAGACUGUGAAAAUGUUGUUCGCAACUGUUUGUGGCCUAUUUAAAUUAAUUCUAUAUUAUUGAGGGCCCACUGCAGUUCGCAUGUGAUCAAAAUUUAUGCCUUUUUAAUAGAGGACCAUAUUACUUAUGAAACGGCAGGAGCAUCCAACAUGUAUUUUGAAAUGUAAAUAUGUAAAUAGUCCCUAUGUGUAUAUUUUGUUACAGAAAUUGAUUGUGACUGUCGUCUUGAGUACCAGUUUUUGAUAAGAGAUUUUAUACAUUUUUGAGAUAGGCAUAGAUUGAUUGUUAUAUUUGUUCUUCAAAAGGGCUCUGCAAUGUUUUGUUAAAAGAAAUGUUGAGAAGGUAUAUGAAUGUGGGAAAGGUCAGAUAUGUUUCUAAAAGAUAUGCAUUGAAAAAUAUUGCCAAAGUUGUUCAGUAGAGAUAAUUAUGUUCAUUUAUGACUAACACAUAUGAUAUACAGUAGCGUAGAUGAGUGUGAAACUAUAAUCAUAUAUUGUACGCAAUAUUUAGUCAAAUAUGUGUAUUGUUUUAUUAUUGUUUCCAAUGUUUUCCAUUCAUGUCAAAGUCACAUUCACUGAUAUGUAUUCCAGGUACAAAUGUCAUAUUUUUGUGAAAUAUGUGAGAAAUGAUAUUAAGAGAGUCUUAUUUCAUUAGAUUAGUAUACAAGCUGAAGUUAUUAGUAGCCAAAUGUUUAAUGCAUAAGUUAUUAGUAAUUCUAUCAGGUUAGUGAAACAGGACUGCUACUUUUUGUAUGUGCUUUCACCACAACUGCCUUUACAGGUGAUAUCGUUUUUACAAACAGGUUGCAUUUUUAUAAGAAGCAAUCAUUUUUUGUAAUGAAUAUUGUGUAGGGUUACAUUCAACCUUCGCAUUUAUUUUUCUCAGAAAAUCUCACCAUGGAGUUCUCACUGACUGUGUCUCAAUGCAUUAUGAUGCUCGACAUUUCGUCGAUAAAAUUGUGCUAACUUAUCAUUGAAAACUUAUCAUUUUUGUAUAUAUCAUUGUAGAUACUCUAUUUAAAUCAUUUUGGUCAACGAAAUGUUAUUAUUUAUGUACUAAAGUACAGUUUAUGUGAAAUGUUUUACAUGAUACAUGUAUCGAAUUGAAUGUAUUAAAUUCACAAAACUGGCAAAAAACCUA